AUGGUUAAAGAACGACAACAAAAGCUGCUCCAGAGGCUUCCACCAGGAGGGAAGCUUUCAAUUGCACUUGACUGCUGGACAUCUCCCUUUUGCCAAGCAUUUAUGGCAAUCACUGGCUAUUUUAUUGAUCAGGAAUGGAACUACUGUGAGAUCCUUCUUGGCUUUGAGCCGCUUUAUGGAACCCAUACUGGCAGUAAUCUAAGCUCAGUCCUCUUCAAUAUUCUCCAGGAGCAUAAUGUCACUGACCGUGUGCUAUCAAUCACAACUGAUAAUGCAUCGAACAAUAACACCAUGAUGUCAAGCAUUCAAGCAUCUGUUCAGGCACAAAAUCUUAAUAGUGAUACCAUUAUUAUCCGGGUUCCAUGCAUUGCACAUGUUAUUCAGCUGAGCUUGAAUCAGCUCCUUGGGAAAAUGAAAGCAAACCCAGUCAACGAUACAACAGAGACAGAAUGGUUAGAUGCAUGUACACACUCCCUUCAUACAAGAUAUCAGACAAAGGAGAUUGCAGACACAUUAAACAAGGUUCGGAGCCUUGCUAUCUUUAUCAAUGCAAGUCCACAGCGCCGGGAAGCAUUCCUAGAUCUUCAGACCAAACAGCCAAAGCUUGUUCCUUACCAAGAUGUUCGUACACGCUGGAAUUCUACAUUUUUGAUGCUUCGCCGUGCCAAACAACUGCAGCCUAUUUUCGAUGAAUACUGUAUGAUGCAUCAAUAUCUCCAUUUCAAGCUCAAUAAGGAGGAAUGGCGCCAAAUUGAGUAUCUUCUUUGGGUUACCCAGCCUUUCUUUCAAUUCACCACUGCCCUUUCAAAGACAAAGGAUGUUACUGUUCAUCUGAUCUUUGGCAUUUACAAUAAGCUGUUUGACCACCUUGAGGCAUCUAUACAGCAGCUUCAGCGCAAGAAAGUCCCCUGGAAGAAGACAAUGCUUGAUGCACUAGAAGCAGCGCGGUCUAAGCUCUCUGAUUACUAUGGUAAUACAGAUAAUGAGCUCCAUGGUGAUAUCUUCGCAAUUAGCACAAUUAUGGCUCCAUCAAACAAGCUUCAGUUCUUUUCCACUAAGGAUUGGGAGGAUGAUACAAUUGACUAUUGUGCACGAUACCGCAAUAGCCUUGACAACUAUCUUGAGCGGUAUAAAAAGCAGCUUUCUGAUAAGCACAUACUGCCAAUGCAUCAACCAUCUACAAGCCCUACUUCUGAGCUUGAGAUGCUACUUAACUCUACAACCCCCAGAUCUCAGCAUUCACAAACAAGAAAGAAUAAUGAUGAGCUUACACAAUAUCUAGAGAGAGGUCAGUGCUUAUUUUAUGUCUUGGAUGAUUAUGACUAA